UAGCUACCUGCACGUUAUUCUCUAAAGUGGAGCGGGUUGUUUCGUGUCUCUCUGUUUGUUUUUUGUUGCUGUAAUUGAGAAAUAUCUAACUGGGUUAACUUAUUAGGUCAAACUAUAUUAAGAGUAGCUAUUGCUUUAAAUUCACUACACCCGGAAGUUGCCAUCAUUUCUGUUGCUAUGGAGCCGCUGUCAUUGGUUACGGUGUUAUGUUUCUCAGCUCUGAGGACCAGCAGCGCCGCGGGCUGUGGACAGCAGUGAGUGCUGAAACAGGAGUGUGUGAGCGGCUGUUCGGCUAUUGUGCUAUUCAUGAAGCUCUACACUUGAGUCGCGGAGGGAUCGUCGAUCACGUUGCACUCAAGUAUUUAUGGAGAGUGUGAUCUGCAUUACAAAACAUCCAUAAGUAAGUCGGGGGUCUGUAAUUCUAUGCGUGGUCACAGUUUUCUCGUCUGGCCGCACCGUAUACAUGCCAUAAAUGCCUAGGAAAGAGAGGAGUCCUCGAACUUCCAAUGUGAUGCAUCUGUACGAGAGGAAAAACACUGGACUAAGAUGGGGAAUAAGCAAACGAUAUUUACUGAUGAACAGCUAGACGCCUAUCAGGACUGCACAUUCUUCACACGCAAGGAAAUCCUUCGGUUACAUGGAAGAUUCCAUGAACUGGCCCCACAUUUAGUUCCCAUGGACUACACAGACGACCCUGACGUUAAAAUCCCUUUAGCCCUAAUAGUCAACAUGCCGGAACUGAAGGAAAACCCAUUCCGGAACAGGAUUGUGGAGUCCUUCUCUGAGGACGGCCUGGGGAACCUCAGCUUCAACGAUUUCGUGGACAUGUUUUCAGUCCUGAGCGAGAUGGCCCCUAGAGAGCUAAAGGCCAUUUAUGCUUUCAAAAUAUAUGAUUUCAAUGUGGACAAUUACCUCUGCAAGGAGGACCUUGAGAAGACUCUGAACAAGCUAACAAAGGAGGAGCUGACUCCAGAGGAGGUGAACUUGGUGUGCGAGAAAGCUAUCGAGGAGGCUGACUUGGAUGGAGACAGCAAGCUCUCCUUCGCUGACUUUGAAAACAUGAUCUCCAGGGCUCCUGACUUUUUAAGCACCUUCCAUAUACGAAUCUAAGAGGGCUUUCUACUUCACGAUGGAUUACUCGGUUGAGCUUCUUUGGAGUUCCUGACUGCAACUUGAAAACCUUGGAAACAUAGCAACUAUGGGAACAUAGCAGUGCCUGUCCUCAACAGCUCUGAAGAGUUUUCAAACAGCCCUCAUUUACCGGGGAAGCAGGAUUUUGGAUCUCUUUGGCUCUGUGAUAAACUUAGUUUUUUUCUAUCUUGUUGUUCUGGGGAAGCACAUUUGAUCUAAAGGAGUAUGGUGACAAAAUGCAUGACUUUUUCCAGCCGGAGAACUUGGACCACCACUGGGGCUAGAUUUUAGAAUGAAGGUGAAAAGCACCUGGAGUUUAAGGAUCUGUGUGGUUUUUGAGGUACACUAGAAUGUGGACUGCUCUUACGGUCUUGUUCUUCUACAGUCUUAUGAUGUGUUUGACACCACUAGACACAUUCCAGACAGACUCUCCUCCUGAACUCUCCACUCUGUAUCUUGGAAUAAGAAACAUGCAGUGUAGAGAUGGACAGUGGUGGACGGAGGACAGAAGAUGGACAUGGUGUAGAGAUGUACAGAGGAUGGAGAAUGCGACAAAGAGGGCUAAAAGCACAGCACUGGCAUCACAGACAGUCUUUUAUACAGCUAUGCAAUCUUUCUUCAUGAAAUGCAUGAGUUGCAUUAAGUUGGCUUCCUGCUAUAAAUUGCUUUUGGUGUAUCUCUUAUAGCGUAUAGGACUGGAGCAUGACGACAAUCAUAUCAAACUGUUCUCCAGUUGAACAAAGGGCUCUGCCACCUUGUCUUAUAUUCAGCUAUUCCCAAUCUGUUUCUGUUGUGCUCUUAUUUCUCCUCCUCCUGUAUGAACGUGACACGUGAGAGCUUCACCUGUCGUAACCUUCAGACUUUUUUCCAGUAUUUGAUGUCAUAGAGGGCAUUCAACUUAACUUUGAAUAAAUAAUUUUCUGUGCUUUGUUGACUAA